CAUUUGUGCUGUUCCGCUUGGCCUAAUACAGGUUAUUUGUCCCACAAAAACAUCAGCCCAAUUUUUAUGUCAACGACGGAAAAAAUAAAUCACUAUUUUUGAUUGGACAAAUUUAGACCCAAACUCCUUAUUUACUCCCUUUUAGUUCAUCACAUUGCCAUUUUUCUUUUUCUUUCUCAUUCUCAUUCAUAUUUUUUAUAAUGAAAUUCUGUUUAAAUAAAAUACUCUCAGUUUCCGCUUUAUUAGCACUUGCAACAUUAACCAUCGCAGCACCACUUCAGGAUGUAUCAGUCACUUCAAUCGAUCUUGUGGAAAAUACUUAUAAUGCACAAGGUGAUGAACAUCUUUUUGUGACAGUAACACGGGUGGACGACCUUCUUGAUGAUGAUGGCUCACUUUUAGCCGAGCGUAUCAUGGCUGUUCGAGUUACUUUCGACGUAUAUGAGAACCAGUUAAUGUGUAACGGUAAGCCUGUAGAAAUUGGUGUCUCUAAUAUCCAAGUUGAGGCUCAGAUGGCUUCCAAUCCAGCCAAGUUAUCAAUUACUUCCGAAGAAGACGCUGCCAUUUUAGCCGAUAGUUUUGAUGUCGGACUUGUCACAGUUGAAGUUACUGCGAGUAUUUUGGACGAAUUAAAGACUGAUGACGGCAUGGUUUUCCGUCGUAUCAGCGUCCAAGAACUUAUCACCGAAAUCAACGGACAAAAGGUGGUCCAGACCGAAGCUGGUCAGCAGAUUUUAGAUGUGUUUGAUAAUGGGGCUCUUAUCAAGUGGUCCGUUGACCCUCUUACUGGUUUCAUGCUUCCUGGUCCUGAAGCUGCCAAGGAGGAGAACUUCUUAGAUUUCGUAGAAUGUCCUGGCUGCAAUGGUGUUGACAACUGGUGGAAUGAAGCCAGCAACUUAUCUCAAGGUCUUGUAAUGGGUGCUAUCUGCGCUUUCUUCUUGGGUUUUGUAAUGGCUGUUCGUCAAUUAGUCUCUUCCAAAUACUCAAGCUACGAACAUGUUGUUUUGACUGAAGACGAAUCAUCAGAGCAAAUUUGGGCUAAGAAAGAACAACCUCCUGCAUAUAUCGAACAAGAACAAACUACGGAAGAGAAGAAGCCUUUCUUGGCUUAAUUUUUUUAAUAUAUCUAUCAAAUUAAAAAGACAUCAAACCAACAU